AUGACUGGAACUCAGGGCCAAUCCUCCGUUGGUAGCGGCAACCUCUACGUCGACGGUGACCAGCGCACCGCUCCCCAGUCCGAGCAGGGCCGUCCCGCCUACAAGCAGGGUCAGCCUGGAAGCCACAAGAACCUUGACUCGAAGGACGAACGCUCCAUCGCCAACAAGCUCGCCUCGCAAGAAGGCAAGCCCGACCCCGGCAGCUACAAGAACGGCGUCUACGACCCCGAGGCCGAGCUCAGCAAGAAGAACCCCACGCAGCCCGCCGUGAACCACGGCAACGAACCCUCCAAGGGGGCCAAGAUCGACCGCGAGUUGCAGCUCGAGGAUGAGCAGCGCUUGAAGGAGAAGGGUAUCAAGAAAUAA